AUGCCGAACGCCCAAGUUUCAACCCACAUUUUCAAGGUCGUUGACGGCUUAUCCCUUUCGAUCGAUGUCUCGAAGCCGCCAAGUGCCCCGCAAGAUGGAAUUGUGCUGCUUCAUUUUCAUGGGGAGUUCCUGAUUUUAGGAGAGAAAACCACUUUCCCACCACACUGGUUGAUCAACGCCUGCCACGCCCGAGGCUGGAUCUAUGCUACCCCAUCCUACCGCCUCUUGCCCGAAUCAACGGGUCUGGAUAUUCUCUCCGACACGCUUGACGCUGUCAGUUGGGUGCGCCGAAACAUCAGCGACCGACUCAUCAUCGCCGGAUCCAGUGCCGGCGGAUACCUUGCACUCGCCACAGCAGCCCACCCAAGCUGCCCCAGACCACUGGCGCUUCUUUCCGUGUAUGGAAUGCUUGAUCCUGCAGGCGAGAGAUACAUCAAAUCUGGCCAGGCUCUGGUAGCCCCCGUUGGAGAUCUGUCCACAGCAUUGCAGGAGAUCAACGAAGCGACCAGAGAUGGUCGUGCGAUUGACGGGUGUCCCUUUCCUACAAGGCCUGUAACAGAUAAGAGGCAUAGAUGGAUCCGAGCUCUGCAUGAGGGCGCUCGGUAUCCCGAUGUCCUCACGCGGGUGCCAGGACUAGCGGAGCAAAUUGUCGACAAGGGGGUUUCUGUAAUACCAGAGGAGUUUCGCCCGCUGUUCCCGGUAUCCUUUGGGUUGAGAAAGGAAUUUCCUCCGACGGUUCUCGUGCACGGUGAUGCUGAUGUGCUGGUUGGAUUUGAGCAAAGCGCUUAUGUUGCUGAGAAGAUGUCUUCUCUUGGCAUUCAUGUUAAUUUCGAACGUGUACGAGAUCAAGGACAUGGGUUUGAUGCAAAGCUGUUCAUCGAUCUCGAUGUAGGCGAUACGCAAGGGAACGACGUGGCAAUGAAGAAUUCUCUUCGUCGCGUUGUCGAAGCAUUAGAAAAGGCUUGUCUUUGA